AUGUUUUUGCGAGUCGUUGGCCAGAAUUAUUCGAAGAAGAAGGCGUUGUUUAGUGAGUUUCAGGGAAAUUUGAGUUUGGCGCGAAAAUGACAGGGAAAAAUACGUUUCGAAAUUUUGACGAAUUAAAAUUUCGACUGUAUUUUUUCAAUUAUUGGAUGGAUGUUUGAAUCAAAUCCACGUGACGUUUUCGCGCCAAAAAAUACGUUUCAAAAUUUUUAUAAUUCAAAAACUGGACCUAGUUUUUCCGCUUUGGGAUCCAACCCUUUUCCAGACUACAGCGCUACAUUUCUCCUAAUAUGCUGGAUCAUCAUCGGAUAUUUCACAAUAAAACGUCGAACUUACGUCUUCACAAGUCGAUCUUCAAUGAAAUACAGUCUGAUUCUGGAGACUGUACAGACUGCGAUCUCCAAUGAAACAUCGCAGUCUCUAGGAGAUCUGUUGGAAGAUCUCGAUUUAAGUUAUAUUAAUUCGGAUCAAUUUACAGCUGGACCUGCACAACGCGAUUUUUUACUGGUUUUUAAUGCGUUUUUAGGUGGGCUCAAUAACUUUUAGCAAGUUAGUUGAAAUAUAUUAGGUUUCUUAAAAGCUUAUUCCUAGGAUAGAAGGCUAUAAUGAUAUAAUUUUUGAUACUCAUAAGUGAUUUAGCAGCUAAGUCACUUAGGAGUUACAUUAAAUUAUCAAAAAUUAUAUCAUUAGAGCCUUCUAUCCCAGGAAUAACCUUAAAACCCAAUAUUCCAACUAACUUUCUCGAAAAAUAUGAAAAUGUCAAAUUUCUAGGAAUCGCCGACGAUAUAUCCGAUUCCGAUUCCUGGUGGGUUAUUCUAUACACCUUCUCGGGAUAUUGUGUUUUCGGCUGGAAUAUCAUACGAUUAUGUAUUUGGAUGGAUCGAAAAGUGGAUAUUUGGUUCGAUGAUCAUUCGAAAGUCAAACAUGUUGGAGAUUCGGAUAAUGUGAGGGAUUUCGUGUUGGAAUAUCGGAGGCAGAUGAGAGAUCGGAAUGGGAAUUCGAGAGGGGUUAUGAUUAAAUCGGUGGGUUUCUACUUCAGAAUUGCCACGUCAUAGGUCACUUGAUAAAUCACUUCGAAUAAUGUUUUCAAACUGCCACUUUCUGGUUUUGAAGAAGUAAAAAUAUGACCCUAUGACGUGGCAGUUUGAAAACAUUAUUCGAAUUUUCAAGUGACCGUGGAAAUUUGAAAACAAAUGUCCUAUGGACAUCGUCUAAAUGACAUUUUCAUGUUUUUUAAGCAAGUGACUUAAAAUAUUGGGUUUUAAUUUUAUUCAUAUGAUAGAAUGGUCUAAGACGAACAGAAUGAUAUAAAUUUUGAUGAAUUUACCUUAUCCAUAAGUGAUUUAGCGAGUCCAUCUACUAAACAUCGCUAAAUCACUUAUGGAUAAGGUAAACUCAUCAAAAUUGAUAUCAUUCUGCUCGUCUUAGACCAUUCUAUCAUAUGAAUAAAAUUAAAACCCAAUAUUUUAAGUCACUUUCUUAAAAAACAUGAAAAUGUCAUUUAGUCUCCCUGAAAACCUCUAUUUUCCAGUACAACUCUGACAAAUACGACAUCCAACAAUCAUACACCCGCCUAACUUCACAAUAUCUCAUCCCAGUCAAGCCAAUCUCCCCAUCCUUCCUCUAUCCCGCAAUCUACACAUCGAUUCUCUUCUUCCUGACCGCUCUUCACACUUGGAUCGUCUCUCCACAUGUCUUCAUUGAGAAUUUGUUUUUGGUCAGCGCGUAUACUUCAGGAUUGGACACUUCGAUGUUGACAUCGGGAAAUCAAUGGUCGAAUUGGAUGUUUGUGAUGAUUGGGGCGAUUUGUCAGAUUUUCCUGUGUGCGACUAUGUGGAGAAUUUGUCAAUUGGUUGUGGAGAUCUAUUGCUUUGUUACGAAUAAGCCGGAAAGAGCGCAACCCGUAUUUUUGAACUCAAUCACUGAAAUUCCACAAGAAACCAAAAAGGAUCAAUAA